GUUGUUACGACCUUCGCGGCGUUCGCUUCCUGCCAUCGGAUGCCGAAACAACGGCGCUCCGCCACGGACCUCCCUCGUUUUCCUGUCACAACCCCGUUCCCUUCGACGACGACGGCUUGACUCGACGAUAGGGGGCGACAGCGGCGCCUCCGUCUCCGUGGUACCCUUGCCCGACGCCCUUCCGGUGUUCGGAGUUCCUUCUCCCUCCUCUUUCGUCGCCAGCGCCCGUCCUUCCUGCCUGAACUCCGGCAGCGCCACCACCCACAGCCGCGCAAGUAGCCAAUCGCCCCAGCCCCGACUCUCCCUCACUGCCGUUUUUCGACACCACCGUCCACCGUAGCCGCCGCUGCCGGGCCGACCCGCCUCCCUCAACACCCGCCCGCCAGAGAAGGGUGAACUAAACAAGGCCUACCUCUGGAUUUGCUAGAUGUCACAGUAAUCCCAAUUCAAUGUCAGCUGACAUCAGUUUCUUUUAAUAAAUGAACUGUCCACGUUUGUUUUUGGCAGUAUAACAACUUGUUUGUCAGUUUAUCACCUGCGCCUGCAGUAGUGACUAGUGACUUAGUGAGAGAUAGCAAUGGCACACGCAGAAGCCGGAGGAUCCUUAGCAGUGCCAAACGUGCAGGCACUUGCGGAAACCUACAACAGAUCGGAUGAACAGAUCCCUGGAAGAUACAUCAGGGACGAAGAGGCUGCUGAGGAGGUUAUCGUUGAUCAUGAUAUCUCUUCUGCAAUUCCAAUCAUCGAUGUCAACAAGUUGCUGGAUCCACAGUCAUCCAAAGAGGAGUGUGCGAAGCUUGGAUCUGCCUGUAAACACUGGGGUUUCUUUCAGGGAAAAAAUGUCAAUAGCUACAAGUUAGUGGUCAUUAACCAUGGUGUACCAAACGAAGUGAUUUGCAACUUCAGGAACGACAUAACCGAAUUCUUUAAACAACCACUGGAAGCAAAGAUGGCGUACUCAAUGAUACCAGGCAAUCUUCAAGGGUAUGGCCAGCACUUUGUUGUUUCUGAGAACCAAAAACUGGACUGGGCAGAUUUGUUUGGCCUCGUGCUCCGUCCGAUCGAUUCAAGGGAUAUGAGGUUCUGGCCUAGUCACCCUCCAUCUUUUAGGAACUCUGUAGAUAGGUACUCUUCUGAGGCAGCAAAACUAGUAUCUUGCUUGUUGAAGUUCCUGGCUGUGGACAUGGGUGUUGAACCAGAGUCUUUCCUGGAGAUAUUCAGAGGCCAGCCUCAAAGCAUGCGGAUGACCUACUACCCUCCAUGCAAGCAAGCCAGCAAGGUGGUAGGUCUGUCACCACAUACUGAUAGAAUGGGACUGACGCUGCUACUCCAAGCAAAUGAUGUUCAGGGGCUGCAGAUCCGGAAGGAUGGCAAAUGGGUUGCCAUAAACGCCCUUGAUGGUGCAUUUAUCGUUAAUGUCGGAGACACGCUUGAGAUUCUAAGUAAUGGGAGAUACAAAAGCAUUGAGCACAGGGCCAUGGUGCACCCAACCAGGGAGCGCAUGUCAGCGGCACUGUUCCACGCGGUGUACCUGGAUGCAACAGUCGGCCCUCUGCCAGAGCUUGUGAAGAACGACGGUGAGGCACGGUAUAGCUCAAUUAGUUUUGUGGAUUUCAGGAAGCGCUUCUUCGCAUCAAAGCUUGAUGGCAGGAGUAACCUGGAGAGCUUGAAGAGUUAAUGGUUGCCCUUUUCUUUUCCUGGUGUUUGUACUGUGCUGUCUACUUGUAGCUUGUUCUUCUUCCACUUGUGUCCCCCAAACUUCCUUCGGUACAUGAGGGUUUGAAUUUUCUCCUCCACAUUUGGGGGGGGGG